UGUCAAGGUCCAAACAUGGCCCAGAGCGUUUUAUACCACCGGCUGCUUCACAGUAACAUCAAAGUCUUACAGAAAUGUUCCGUCAGAUUCAUACACAGUGUUUUACGGAGAGAAACUGGGCUGAAAAACACACUGUCACCGCGGAGAGUCCACUGCUGCCUGGUGAAUGUGAGUCAGUGGCACACCUGCAGAACAACACAAUGGCUCAACCAGAACAGCUCGAGAACAUUUUCCUCAGUGCCUCCAUUACCAGGUGGUGAGCCGAAGAAGUCUGGGCCUGUGACAUGGAAAUCUUUAGCAAUAACAUUUGCUAUUGGAGGCGCAAUGCUGGGAGGGAUGAAAUAUUUCAAAAAAGAAAAGGAAGAAAAGAUUGAAAAAGAGAGGAACAAAUCAAUAGGAAGGCCGGCGCUGGGGGGUCCGUUCUCGCUCACUGAUCACAACAACAAGCCCGUCAAGAGCGAGGACUUCCUGGGCCAGUGGGUCCUCAUCUAUUUUGGGUUCACUCACUGCCCGGACAUCUGCCCGGAUGAAUUAGAGAAAAUGAUUGAAGUCGUGGACGAAAUAGAUGAAAUAAAGUCUCUUCCAAACCUGACGCCUCUCCUCAUCACCAUUGAUCCAGACAGAGACACACCAGAGGCCAUGGCCACGUAUGUGAAAGAGUUUUCUCCGAAGCUGAUCGGCCUGACGGGGACGCCGGCUCAGAUCGAGCAGGUUUCUAGAUCCUACAGAGUCUAUUACAGUCAGGGACCAAAGGACGAAGACAACGACUACAUUGUGGAUCACACCAUCAUCAUGUACCUCGUCGGACCGGACGGAGAGUUUGUGGAGUAUUUCGGACAGAACAAGAGAAACGUGGAGAUCGCCAACUCGAUAGCAGCUCACAUGAGGAAGUACAAGAAGAAGUGAGCUGCAGGCUGCUGAAGCUCCGGACUGACUGUCCUCAGGUGUUUCUCUGUAAUCUGACUCAAAUCAUCUCUGCCUUAUAUCUGCUCUUAUUUAUUCUGGAUACACUAUUAUAUUUUUCUGUGAGGAGAAAACAGGUCUGCUCCAUACUCCAUUAUUACCCAUAAUGCACUUCACACUCCUGCUGCAUCACCUGAUUUGGAAAAGACUGCAAGUUCUUCCUGCUUGGAAAAAACUCCAUCUCCUCAUUAUGAUUGCUCACGAUUUCUGUGAAGGAAAUACCUGAAGACAAAUGUACGAUUUAAAUUAAAGAUUUUGUGAUAAAAGCAAAAACACAACACA